CCCUUCAGCAGGCACAACUCAGGCACAAAACCCUUCCCCUCCCCUACAACACCAUGAGGCCGUUCGUCAAGAUGACUGGCUGUGGCAACGAUUUCGUUGUGCUCGAGGCGAGUGACCUCGAGUCGCUGGAAACCGCAUCGACGGGAUUUGGAGUCACAGCCACAACGGCGAGCGGAUCGGGCCAGGCAAUGCUCGACAAGACAGACAUUCGCGCCAUGUGCGAUCGCCGCAAUGGCAUUGGAUGCGACCAGCUGCUCGUCAUUGCCGCGCAGCCAGUGCAGAUGGACGCUCGCAGUGGUGCGCCCGUCGCGGCCGUCUCGAUGCAGAUUUACAAUAGCGACGGAUCCGAGGCCCUGGCGUGCGGGAAUGCAACACGCUGCGUCGCACAGCUGUGGAUGGAUCGCGAGCUGGAGGACGACGCUCGGCGCGAGCAAGUCCUCGCUGCAGGGGAGCAGGUCGUCGUAGUCAUCACGGCUUCACGAACGCUGCGAUGCUGGCGAGCGCUGGAUCGCAGCACUCCGUCAAAGACCAUUCCGUCUACGACCAUUGCGCAAGACCCAUUCCAGAAUGUCAAUGUAUUCGUGGACAUGGGUCUGCCCGAGUUUGAGUGGACUCGGAUUCCGCUUUCGCGCGACGUUCAACGAGGCUCUGCAUUGGAUGCAGUGACCGAUCUCGGACUUGCCGACGCUCCCAAGGACGUUGCCUCACUGCUCGCACGCGGCGUCGCUGUUGGAAUGGGCAACCCGCACCUUGUAUUCUUGUUGCCCUCGGAGGAGCAGCUGAAUCAGAUUGACGUGCGCGCCGUCGGAUCCAAACUUGAAACCAACGCGCUGUUUCCCCAGGGCGUCAACGUCACAUUCGCAGCAAUCGGACCAGCAGCUACGACCGGCAGCAACGCAGAGGCAUCGCGCCGCAUUCUUGCCAAGGUUUGGGAGCGCGGGGCUGGCGAAACCCUUGCUUGCGGAUCGGCGGCGUGUGCCGUGAUUGCCGCAGCUCAGCGGACCGGCGUGUUGGUUGCUCCUGCUGCCACAGCAGCCGACAAUGCGGCCAACCAAUCCGUUUUCAGCGUCCAAAUGCCAGGAGGCACUCUGCAGGUUGGAAUCAGCGCUCAAGGCACCAUGGUUCUCGCCGGACCUUCGCGGGUUGUCUUUGUCGGUGUGUACUCGCCACCUUCUCAAAGUGCCCUCACGGCUCCUGCAUAA